AUGACUAGGGCGAUUCUGGUAGUGGGGGCCACUGGGAACCAAGGUGGUGCAGUUAUUGACAACCUUUUACAAUCAGAGGCUUCUUUCACUAUUCUCGCCGUGACCCGCGAUCCUGGCUCCUCAGCGGCCCAGAGACUUGCUCAUAAGUCGUCUGAGGUCAAGCUCAUAUGCGGAGAUCUUGAUGAUCCUUUUGCUCUCUUCAAAAACACCAAGGCUAUUGUGUCUGAACCAGUAUGGGGGGUUUAUUUCGUCCAGAAUCCGCUCGCCAGCAAGCAGACACCGGAACAGGAAGUGAAACAAGCAAGAAAAUUCAUCGACGAAUGUAUCCAUCACAAAGUGAGAUUUUUUGUGUACGGCUCUGUCGACCGUGGUGGUGAUCAGUCGUUCAACAAUCGCACACCAGUCCCGCACUUUGCUAGUAAAUAUGACAUAGAGCAUUAUCUAGUUGAAAAGGCUCCGUUGGCGAAUAUGGAUUGGACUUUUCUUCGGCCAACUGGAUUCAUGGAUAACUAUAAACCAGGGUUCCAAGCCAAAAUAUUUCUGACGUGUUGGAAGAUCGCCAUUAAGGACAAGCCGCUUCAACUCAUUGCCGCUUCUGACAUAGGUUACUUUGCCGCUCAAGCAUUCAUGGCUCCAGAGCGCUACAAGGCUCAGGCUAUUUCCCUGGCUGGCGACGAGCUGACUUUCAAUCAAGCCUCCAAGAUCUUUGAGAAAACGACCGGCCAGGGCAUACCCCUUACUUUCGAAAUUUUUGCUUCGCUUGUGUUGUUUUUUCUCAAGGGCAUUGGUCUGAUGUUUAAGUGGAUGCAGGACGAGGGUUUCAAUGCAAACGUCCAGGAGCUCAGAAGCAGCCAUCCACACCUGGUAAAGUUUGAAACCUACCUCGAGACUCAAAGUGGAUAUGUAUCACGCAAGCAGGGAAAUAUCGCAGACCAUAUAAACACAAUCAGUUUCGGAAAUCUUUCCAAGAACUUCCAAGACGCUAUAACUGUCACACGCAGUAUCGGGAUCUAA